GUCGCGCGCGCCAUUGCACUCCAGCCCGGACAACAGGAGCGAAACUCCGUCUCAAAAAAGUACAUUAAACUCAGAAUCUUCCCUUUCAGAACAUCCAUUUCGCCACACCCAUCACCGGCUCCGUGCAGAGUAAGCAGCAGCAGCAGCGAAGCCCCGCCCUUCCCGCCACUCUUCCGGCAGGAAGUCUGUGCGUCAGGAGGCCGGCCAGGACUCAACUCCAGCCCCGCGCUCGCGUGUAGCCCUACGUAAAGCGUGAGGGGUUUCGCGACAACCCAGGCCCCGCCCCUUUGGCCACAUGUCGCGCAUGUCUUCCCGUCGGACGGCGUGCCACCUCGCCGCGCAGCUUUACGAACCUAGAGCAACGCCGCCCCGCCUCCUGUCUCCGUCCUCACCUCCCCGCCCCCUCCCAGCUUCGCGUCUCCUAGCUCGACGCGCCCGCUAUAAUCACGUGAUUGCCUCAUCCGGGUCUUUUGCGUUCUCGUUCCCUCUCCCAACAUGGCGGCCUCAGCAAAAAAGAAGAAUAAGAAGGGGAAGACUAUCUCCCUAACAGACUUUCUGGCUGAGGAUGGGGGUACUGGUGGAGGAAGCACCUAUGUUUCCAAACCAGUCAGCUGGGCUGAUGAAACGGAUGACCUGGAAGGAGAUGUUUCGACAACUUGGCACAGUAACGAUGACGAUGUGUAUAGGGCGCCUCCAAUUGACCGUUCCAUCCUUCCCACUGCUCCACGGGCUGCUCGGGAACCCAAUAUCGACCGGAGCCGUCUUCCCAAAUCGCCACCCUACACUGCUUUUCUAGGAAACCUACCCUAUGAUGUUACAGAAGAGUCAAUUAAGGAAUUCUUUCGAGGAUUAAAUAUCAGUGCAGUGCGUUUACCACGUGAACCCAGCAAUCCAGAGAGGUUGAAAGGUUUUGGUUAUGCUGAAUUUGAGGACCUGGAUUCCCUGCUCAGUGCCCUGAGUCUCAAUGAAGAGUCUCUAGGUAACAGGAGAAUUCGAGUGGACGUUGCUGAUCAAGCACAGGAUAAAGACAGGGAUGAUCGUUCUUUUGGCCGUGAUAGAAAUCGGGAUUCUGACAAAACAGAUACAGACUGGAGGGCUCGUCCUGCUACAGACACCUUUGAUGACUACCCACCUAGAAGAGGUGAUGAUAGCUUUGGAGACAAGUAUCGAGAUCGUUAUGAUUCAGACCGGUAUCGGGAUGGGUAUCGGGAUGGGUAUCGGGAUGGCCCACGCCGGGAUAUGGAUCGAUAUGGUGGCCGGGAUCGCUAUGAUGACCGAGGCAGCAGAGACUAUGAUAGAGGCUAUGAUUCCCGGAUAGGCAGUGGCAGAAGAGCAUUUGGCAGUGGGUAUCGCAGGGAUGAUGACUACAGAGGAGGCGGGGACCGCUAUGAAGACCGAUAUGACAGGCGGGAUGAUCGGUCGUGGAGCUCCAGAGAUGAUUACUCUCGGGAUGAUUAUAGGCGUGAUGAUAGAGGUCCCCCACAAAGACCCAAACUGAAUCUAAAGCCUCGGAGUACUCCUAAGGAAGAUGAUUCCUCUGCUAGUACCUCCCAGUCCACUCGAGCUGCUUCUAUAUUUGGAGGGGCAAAGCCUGUUGACACAGCUGCUAGAGAAAGAGAAGUAGAAGAACGGCUACAGAAGGAACAAGAGAAGUUGCAGCGUCAGCUGGAUGAGCCAAAACUAGAACGACGGCCUCGGGAGAGACACCCAAGCUGGCGAAGUGAAGAAACUCAGGAACGGGAACGGUCGAGGACAGGAAGUGAGUCAUCACAAACUGGGACCUCCACCACAUCUGGCAGAAAUGCACGAAGGAGAGAGAGUGAGAAGUCUCUAGAAAAUGAAACACUCAAUAAGGAGGAAGAUUGCCACUCUCCAACUUCUAAACCUCCCAAACCUGAUCAGCCCCUAAAGGUAAUGCCAGCCCCUCCACCAAAGGAGAAUGCUUGGGUGAAGCGAAGUUCUAACCCUCCUGCUCGAUCUCAGAGCUCAGACACAGAGCAGCAAUCCCCUACAAGUGGUGGGGGAAAAGUAGCUCCAGCUCAACCAUCUGAGGAAGGACCAGGAAGGAAAGAUGAAAAUAAAGUAGAUGGGAUGAAUGCCCCAAAAGGCCAAACUGGGAACUCUAGCCGUGGUCCAGGAGACGGAGGGAACAGAGACCACUGGAAGGAGUCAGAUAGGAAAGAUGGCAAAAAGGAUCAAGACUCCAGAUCUGCACCUGAGCCAAAGAAACCUGAGGAAAAUCCAGCUUCCAAGUUCAGUUCUGCAAGCAAGUAUGCUGCUCUCUCUGUUGAUGGUGAAGAUGAAAAUGAGGGAGAAGAUUAUGCCGAAUAGACCUCUACAUCCUGUGCUUUUCUCCUAGUUUCUCUCCACCCUGGAACAUUCGAGAGCAAAUCAAAACCUCUAUCCAGACAAGACAAAAUAAAACUCACCAUCUCCUGAAGACCUUUCUUACCUUUUUUUAAAAACAAAAAAUGAAAUUAUUUUGCAUGCUGCUGCAGCCUUUGAAGUAUUGAAGUAACUGGAGAAUUGCCAAUACAGCCAGAGAGAAAGGGACUACAGCUUUUUAGAGGAAAAGUUGUGGUGCGUUAUGUCACCAUGCAGUUGCCAGUGUGAUUAGUGCCUAGGGGUCUCCAUUUAGCAGAAAUGGUAAUGACAGUGAUAUAACGCCUGGAACCUGGUUGGGCAGUAGGGGAGGGAGGUAGAAGGAAAAGUGUGAGAUUUCUACCUUUUAGUUUUUAUCCUAUUGUGGCAUAUAUGAAUUCUCAAACAUUAUCUGAAUAAAUUUUCCACUCUUGGAAAGGUAGAUUUAGCCUCAAGUUGUUUUAGUCUCCAGGAGGCUGCCAGCCCCUCCUCUUAUUUAAUUCUGAGUUUUGGAAGCCAGCCUAGAGGGAAUUCCUUUUUUUUUUUUUUUUUUUACCCCCCAGGAGGGUAGUUGGGAGUGAGACUAUAGGCCAUAAAGAAUGGGACUGCAUUGGACCAAAAUGGGAAAAUCGUGGUUUGAAAAGAAGCUUUUGGGAAGUGAUGAGUCAUUUUGCACCAGGUAAUAGGGGAAAAUUGUGUGACCUCCAGCAAACACAUGAAUGGUUAUUUCCUGGAGCCGGAAGCACUUGGGGGUCAUGGUAAUUCCCAAUGUUUUCUGUGUCCUAGUUUUACCCUUUCUAAACACUGUCGUUUUUGAAAGUUUGAAUAUAUCCACAUUCUAUUGAAACCUUGAAACUAAAAAUUUAGACUCUUAUCGUCAUCUUAAGUUCUUCAUGCUACUCUUAACCUCCCAAAAAGCAGUAUCUAAGUCACAUACAUGAUGUCUUGGGCAUUUUCUCUCUCAGCCAUGGAGAACUCUGAAAGGAAGAAUCGCUGCUUUUCUCAAGCAAAUCGGUUUCUUGAUGUCUUUUGGUUCUCACUCCUUGCCUGCUCCUGAUGCUUUGACCCCUUUUAUUGAUCAGAGUGCUCUAGAAUAAUGGAUGGUCUUGGAUGGUGGAUAAAUAGGGACAGGGACAGUUAAAUUGGGAGCCUUUGUUACAACCUUGAUGGGUUUUUUUCCCCCCAAGUUUCCUUCUCCACUGAAAUGCCACACUAAUGCUUGUUGGAUUCAUGAGGUGGCCAGACCAAUGUGUUGUUGUUUUGUUUUUUUUUUUUUUUAAGCUUCCCUUGAGAGAAUAAAUGGUAAUGGAGAGAACUAUUUAACAAGGUCCUGGUUUCUCUUGCAACACAGUAGCUAAACUUGCCUGCUUUUAUAUGCAUUUUUGUAGGGAUCAGCUUGGUAGACAGUAUUAGCAAAGAAACACCUUGAUCUUGGUUUGCAAGCCCUUCUCCCAUCAGUCCUAGAUUAGGCCCUAUUCAGCCAUGCAGGGGUGUUGGUUUAUGCGUGCUGCAGCAGUGGGCAUAAUGAAUAUAAUUUACCCAGUGGACAAAGGUGUGUACCAAGUGAAUUUAAAUAAUUGGUGUGGAUUGGCCAGUAGCUAAGAAGUGGGCUUUUAAAGAGUAUUGAAGAUUGAAAGGUUUUUUUUUUUUCUUUUUUAAAAAAGAAAAAAAAACUAUUAAUUGUAGAUAAUGAAAAGCUAGGGUUUGCCCUCUUCAUGUCUACUCUCCUUCCAAAUAGUUACAUCCAAAACUGUUUUUCCCUCUCCCCUACCUUGUCCCCCCUAUUAAAAUAGAAACAGGGAUUGAUUAAUGUCCCGCUCCUGAAUACAUGUAAAAUUUGUACAAAAAUAUCUUCUAUGAAAAUGAUUUGUAAUCUGUAGACUUAUUACCUGGGAGAUGUCUUGAUGUAAAAUCCCAUCCUUUGGGUUGUGGGUUUUUUGUUUUCUCCAAAUAAAUCUGAUCUUUAAAGUUCA